UGAGAGUGAGGAGGCAGCAGCUAAUCCUCCUAAAGAUGCUUUUCCUCUUGCAGCAUUUCUUCCUGCUGGCCACAGACUUUGUGCUCGCCAUGACCCUUUCCUGCUUCUUUUAUGCCUUCAUGUGCAUUUCCAUCGCAUUUCUGACCUGCUGCAUUAUCAUCUUCUCCUUUGGCACGGCGGAGAGGAAUGUUGAUAUGAAAGGGAGAGCAAUCGUAAUUCUUGUGUCCAACAGUUCCAUUGGGAGGAUGUUUGCAAGGAACCUGGAUAAAGCAGGUUUUGGGGUGUCUGCUGCACAGUGGUCUGCUCAGGAGGAGAGAACAGUGACAGAAGAGUGCUCAUCGAACAAGGAGGUAGCCCAGCUCCACCUGACUGAGGAUGAGUAUCAGAAGACAGUGAAAACCUUCAUAGAAAGCCACUUAUCCCUGAAAGGUAUGUAUGGGAAGAUGAGGAAGCCGUCAAUCCUGAUAUGGGAUGAAGGGGCACCAGACAUGCGUGGGUUACCUGAGAGGAAAUCCUCCUCUGAGGGGAAGAAGGCUUUCAAGGCUCCACGCAGGAACUGCUUACUGCAGACAGCUCUCUACAUCUCUGUCCUCUGUCACCCACUGACCUGUGUCCUGAGUCUCCUGAAGAGAAGCCCACAGCUGCUUGUGCCUCUGCUGAAGUCCAAAAACCGAGAGGUGAGGCAGCACCCUCACAGCUCAGUUACCUGCCAGAGGUAACCAGCACCUCCUUCACCUCUGCUGGGACAGGGAAGGGGGACCCAGGUGGUGGGGACACGGCUGGGAGAACAGCCCAGGAGCAGCCUCCUGCAGCACUCUGACACCUCAAGGACUCUGCCUUUCUGCAUCAAUGUGGCCCUGAGCAAUCCAGCCCGGGGCACAGCAGUACAUUCAAAUCAAGAGCAAACACGAGACCAGCCAGCUCAGUCUCCAAGGCCGAGCCUUAACUGCUCUCCAUCAUCUCACUGGAUUUUAAGAUGCACAAUAGUUGAUCUUAAAGGGCAAACCUCAAAAUAUCCUGUCUCUUGUUCAUUGCUGGACCAUCUCCCCCCAGUUCCUGUAUCCUCACUGCUGCAGGCUCCAAAGGCCCAUGGAUUCCAUUUACUCCAGCACAUGGCUGGAAGAGCAAUUGAAACGGUGUUCCCCAGCAUCCCUGCUUGAAAGGAAGCACCCAGAGCACCCUAUGGUUCUCUGAUCCAGGCUUUAGGACAGAAGAGAAAACAGAAAAAAUGAUUAAAAACAGAAAAUAAAAAGGCAGACAGUUCAUGAGAUGACUGCCAGUGUCCCUACUGGGUGGUCUAAUCUUUUCUUGCUUAAGGGGAGAGGGUCCCUGGCUCUCCAUCUAACACUCCUGCAGGUGUCUGGUUCUCAGCAGCAUCUUUAUGUUUUCUGAGUGUUGGAUCAGAGCCAUAAGGCAGGCUGUGGAUGCUGCAUGGAACACAGAGGUGGAUACAGCCUGUUAGCCCCUGCCCUGUGUCACCAGUGGCUGCUGCAGCAGCUGGGCUGAGGCAGCACAUGCAGCCAAACAGCAGCAGAAAUGAACUCAGGGAAAUGAGUUAACAGCACUGAAGAGCUAAAACUCUCCUGCUGUCUUUCAGCCAGGAAGGAAACCCAUGGAGCUCUACACAUUAGCACUGUCACACCACAAUGAUAAAAAUGAACAUAGCUAGGAUCAGAAGUGACAAAUCCCUGGCAGUAGGGGAUUAUGAGCAGUGACUUCAAUUGCAAGACAACAAAAAACGGUGGAUGAAGACAAAACACCUUCAGAACCACGACACAGGUCUGCAACUCCCUUGCAAGUCUAAUGUGUAAGGAAGAGAACACCAAGACACUGAAAUUUUGAGUUGUUCAUUACAAUGCUGUACUGUGCACACUGGGAUAUGCACAGAGGAGAAAACAUCUGAGGUGAAACGAAAUAAAGGAAGAACUGUGCUUGGAAGCAAAACGCUAGGGCUUGGUUUUCAUUAUCUAAAGCCACAACUCAGAACUGCCUGACUGAUGAUAAGAGAUGUCACCCUCCCAGGGAGCUGGAACCAGGGAGGAAAAUGAAAGCUUUCAAAACAGCUUCUGUAAGACAUUAAACCAGCUUAAUAUCAAAUCAGACUGAAAACAAACAUUUUAAUUCUGUGACAUCAAAGCACUGAGAGAGAACAUGUUAAAGCAGAAAAUUCCUGAAUUAAAAGCUUGAGGUUUUAGUCUUUACACAUUUGGCAAAUAACCAGUUACAUGAAUUAUGCCAAACCCAUAUAUUCUGCAGAACAUCCCAGAAAAUGUUUCCUUUAGUCAGAACCCUGCUCUGAGCCAGUGUUGUCAACUCCCUCAGUGCAGAAUCCCAUUGUGUGUGCAUAGCCCUGUACAAUUUCAGCUGAUAACCAUUAUUUUCUCCUCCAAAACGUGGCAGGGGACACAUGUGGGCUGCUGCAUGGCUACUGCUUCUCUCCCAAAGUGACCUUCAA